AAUAAGUAAUGUCAUUUCAACCGACUCAUGAUUAAGUGAAAGAAGAGUUGGACAUGAAUUCUGAUAGUGAGAAGUUUUUAUCCAAACUGAUACCAGAAUCCUAUGCAAGGAUGGGUAUAGAGUCUCGGCGAACUCAUCAAAAUUUAAUCAGACAAUUGAUGGAACAGAGAAAAUUGCCGGCAAAUGGAUGGCCAGUAAAAACGAUAGAAUCAUUCCUCUCAGAAGUUUCAUUAAUGGAUUCGAACAAUUUUGUUGAUAGAUGCGGUGUCGGUGAAAGAGAAGGAAGAGUUAUUAGCGAUUUAGUUGCCAAAAGACAUUUUGGACUGUCUCAUGGAAUUGGAAGGUCAGGUGAUAUAUCGGCUCCCCAACCAAAAGCUGCUGGUUCUAGUCUACUCUCGCAAAUCGCUAAUUCCUUGGUACUUGAUCUAUUAAAGGCAAUGGGACUUCCGACAACAAAGGCUGCAGUCAUAAUACCAUGUGCUACUGGAAUGUCGCUAAUGCUGUGCAUCCUAGCCCUAAGACGAAAGCGAUCUACAGCUAAUUAUGUGCUUUUUCCAAGAAUCGAUCAGAAAUCUUGCGUUAAGAGUAUUGUCUCAGCCGGCCUUGAACCAAUCAUUGUUGAGCCGACAAUAUCAGGAGAUGAACUCUGUACAAACAUAGACUUAUUAAAGAAAAAUAUCGAGGAAUACGGUUCAGAUAAUAUUGUUUGUGUUAUGUCAACAACAUCUUGUUUUGCUCCGAGAGUGAAUGAUAAUCUUAUUGAAAUAUCAAAAUUGUGCGCUGCAAUGAAAAUUCCCCACGUAGUAAAUAACGCUUAUGGAUUACAAUGCACAAAAUGUUUGCAUCAAAUCGAACAAGCAACAAGAAUUGGACGAGUUGAUGUAUUUGUUCAAUCGACUGAUAAAAACCUUUUAGUGCCGGUCGGUGGAUCUAUAAUUGCAGGUAUUGAUCGUUGCUUCAUUCAAACUGUUAGCUCUACAUAUCCAGGAAGAGGUUCUUCUACUCCGUCUAUAGAUGUAUUGAUAACUUUAUUACAAAUUGGGAAGGAAGGCUAUUUGAAGCUUGUCGCUGAAAGAAAAGAGAUAUACAUAUACUUGAAGGAAAAACUCAAUGAAAUCUCCAUGAAGUAUGGUGAAAAAUUAUUGAAAACUACUCAUAAUGGAAUAUCAAUGGCGAUGACUUUGAAUAGUUUCGGAUCAAAUGUUACAGAAAUCGGUUCUAUGCUUUACAAAAGAUUAGUAUGCGGAUCUCGAGUUGUUUUAUGUCAAGGUCAAAAAGAAGUUUGCGGUAUAAAUUAUACAGCUUGGGGUAGUCAUUGCAAUAAUUACCCCCAUAAUUAUUUAACUGCUGCAGCAGCUUUAGGUACAAGUAAGACUGAUGUUGAUGUGUUCAUUCAAAGAUUAGACAAAGUUUUAACGAAAUCCAGAGGCCAAAAUGGAUCUCGAAAGGAAGAAGUUCAAACAAAUGAGUAGUAUUAAGUUUUUAGAAAACUUUUUAGUUUUGAGUGAAUAUUAAAUGUAUUUAAUUAUAUUAAUUGUCUCAAAGUCAACAUUUUUUUUUCCAUAUUUUGUAAAAAUAUUUUAUAUUAUUCUUUUGCUUUUCUAUAAAAAAUGAUCUAUUUUGAAAGUUUUGUUUUUAU